AUGGGUGGGUGUUUGACCCUCCUUCAGAGCUGGAUCUAUGAGUACUUCCCGUGUUUACGAGAUCAAAAGUUGGGGACACGUGGAUUUGUGUACGAGGAUCCUUUUGCUAAGAAGUGA